CAAGCAAGAUCAAGAUGCACUAAAAAUAUUUUUGGAAAAUUGUGGAAAGAGUUUAAUACCAUGCUGGAGCACUCAAUUCACCAUUCUGAAAAAUCUGGUCCACACAAAAGUUUACUGGCCGCAGGCAUUGGACAUUGUUGAUUUACAAAUCAAGCCUUUAAGCUGUGAUGCCAUUUAUAAAUUAUGUAUCACAAUAAUGCUUUCAUGCUUUUCAAUAUGAGCAUAUGGUGCCUUGAAAACUGAUGUCUACUAGGUCUGGAAGAGAUUUCCAGAGAGGUUUUCAAGGCACCAUGUAAAGCAUGAAUAUUGAUCUUGAUAGAUGCCAUAAAAAGUAUAUGUUGGCAGCUUGCAUUUUAUGCAGGUAUUUAGACAUAUCUUUCAAUUAUUUAUAAUGCUUGACAUAUUAUUGUGAAGCUCAUAUCUACAGUGAAUAAAGGCAAAUGGUUUUGACUGCUGACUAUAAUGAGACAUUUCAUGAUGUUGUCAGCUUAAAAUGUACAUUGUGUUCCAUUCUGAGAAACAUGUGAGCAGCAUACAUUUCCAACAAGAGGAACAAGCCGCUAGAACAUGUCUUUACAGGAAUAGGAAGGUCUUGCUAGUCAUUGUCUUACUGUUAAUAGUGGUGCUGUAUAUGUGGCCUUCCUGGCUGACAGCAAGGAUAAGACCACGCUAUAAGGUUCAUCCACUUGACAAGUGUAUUAAUGAGAAACUGGAUAACUUUCAGUCAGCAGCUUUAGAGUUUGAUGCCAUUCAAUAUCACUCCCCUCUUCAAGAAGGUGAAAACUUUUAUCCAGCGUAUAUAGGUAAUGGCAAAUUUGGUUUGUCAGUGAACAGCGAGAAUGGAAUUUAUUUACUACUUAACAGAUCACACACUUUACCAGUGCAGUUUUUCCCAAUUGUGGAUGUAAAUAUUGAGGGUCAUGAGAAAAAAGAGGCAUAUGUGAUAGACUUGAAGUCAGGACUGGUGCAGAGAAUACAAUGCUUCAGAAAGGCACCCUCAGCCUGUGUGUCCAUAGUCACUCAGGUUUAUGCUCACAGGAGGCGUCCCUCUAUCCUUGUCCAGGAGUUAAGGAUACAAAACCCAAGUCCAGAGAGCACCACAGUUGUGGAUCUUCACCAGAUAGGUGCCUCGGACUGGAAGGGAGUCUUGACACAAAUAACGCCAGUCAAAACUAACCAAGCAGGUAAGACCAUGGAGUACCUGGUGUCUGCAGGAAAGGUCCCCAUUCCAGGAUCUGCCUCAGAGUUUGUAAUGCUGGGCAUAGCGUCCAGCAGGCUGCCAGAGACCAUUCCAAUCAAAGCAGACAGCACAGUGAAGUAUCGCGUGGUGACGGCAGUGGAGUACUCUAGCUCUACCAGUCAGACUGGAAACUCUGGACUGAGGAAACAAAUGGCACAGCAGGCAGCAGAUUCACUUACAUCAGCAUUGAACAUUGAUGGAAAGAAGCUGAGAUUGGAACACACCCGCAUCUGGAACCAGAUGUGGCAGUCUGGGUUCAGUAUCAGUUAUUCUAUGGCCCCAGGGAUGUUAAAUGGACCCCAGAUCAACACCACCAUGUACUAUGUACUCAGUAAUGUACCUGCCUCUAUCCAUGAGACUGGCAUGACAGCAUUCUCCAAACUAGAGCUGGAUAACUUACUGCACUUUCCAGACAAGUGCUACACUGGCCAUAAUACAAUCCAGCUACCAGGGUCCUCACUGUGGGCUAGGUGUAAUAAUGAACUAGAUGUGUCUAGAUUGGCCAGUUCUUGGCUUAUUACACUGGAGAAACAGGGCUGUGGCUCUAUGGUCAAAGCUGGCACAGAUGGAGUUCUCCAAGCCAUGAUCUUGAGCUUUGGUGCUUUAAAAUUCAGCAAUGAUCACCUGGAGUUUGGCAUGAUGCCCAAGGAUCUCCAUAGAGACUACUAUUUCCGUAGAAUCAACUAUGGCAAUAACACCCAUGUCAACAUAUCUGUGAUAGUAGGGGAUGAUAACAAGGCUGUUCUGUUUGCCUCCCUGGACAGGAACGACAAGGUCUACUUUGCCUGUGAUGCAGGAUGCCUGGACCCACCUGUUCAACUUGGCAAAGAGCUAACCAAAUUUCCAGUGAAGCAGACGGAGCCAUUUACCGCCAUCUUGUACAUCACGGCAGACAGGCAGCACAUGGACGACCUCAAACAUGUGAUACAUGUGAAAGAGAUCGGGGAAGCUCCAGCACAUGAACACCAUGUCAUGGCUCUUCACCGUCAUGGUCAUGCUUUUGGUGGGCUGCCUACUUUCUUCUGGAUGUCCAUUGCCUUCCUCAUCUUCACCUUCCACCUGUUUUUAUUCAAGAUGGUGAUAAAUGAAUACUGCCAAGGAGGCAGGUCAGCUGCAGGGAGGAAUAGAGGCUAUAACAUGUGACCAGAAUGAAGGCUAUAACAUGUGAUCAGAAUAGAGGCUAUAACAUGUGACCAGAAUGAAGGCUAUAACAUGUGAUCAGAAUAGGGGCUAUAACAUGUGACCAGAAUAGAGGCUAUAACAUGUGAUCAGAAUAGAGGCUAUAACAUGUGACCAGAAUGGAGGCUAUAACAUGUGACCAGAAUGGAGGCUAUAACAUGUGACCAGAAUAUGGGCUAUAGCGUGACCAGAAUUGAGGCUAUAGUAUGUGACCAGAAUGGAGGCUAUAAUAUGUGACCAGAAUCGAGGCUAUAAUAUGUGACCAGAAUCGAGGCUAUAAUAUGUGAACUUUUGAUUAUCUCUGACAUACAAGUUAAUUAAAAAACUCCUUGUGGCCUUCUUUGCCAUGGCCGCAUUUUAUGUGAUUGGAUCUCUUUCUUUUUUUUUUCUUUUAAAUGUUGCUUCAGAUACUAAUUUGUUUUCAGUUCAUGAAAUUAUUCAAAGUAUUACAAUCACACAUGAAUUCAAGGUGUAAAAUAUUUUUUACCAGUUUGUUAUUUACUGUAACAAGCCCUUGUUUUUACCAAAGCACACAUAGUGAUAGAGAUGUACCUAUAAUAUGGAAGGUACUGUUUGCAAGUAGAUAGAAAAGCUGGAAUAACACUUUGGGGGUGGAAUUUAUAAAACACCAAAAGCCUUAAAAAAGUUGUGAAGACAUUUAGUUCUAGAGUAGCAUGACUCGUCAAAAAGGGUUUAUCAUUGUAUUCAACAACAAGAAUGUCUUUGACAACUUCAAAACAUAAAUGGAUUUUGAUACAAGUCUAGACGUUAAGUUCACAUGUUGAUGAUUAGGAUAACUGUUUUUCAGGAAAAAAUCAUUAGCCUUUAUUAUGUUCUUCGUGAAAGAACACUAAUUAAUGCUUUAAUUGAAGAAUUGAAAUAUUGUAUUUACCUUGAGAUAUGUUAUAGGUGCUUGUUGUUUAAAGUUAAUUUAAAUUGUAAAUGGUUGGAGGUAUAUUUAAACUGAUUACUGAUCAGAGGUGUUAUUUUUGUAUAAUAGGAGACUGUACAUUUUAAUGUGGCUUCACUGUACAUUGGGUUGUAAAUAAAUCAUAAAGGAAUAACAUCUUAAACCUUAUAUCUUCUUUUGUUUUAUAAAACUUUUUGUUAAAAGUACAAGCACACAAGUAUAUGCUUGUUAUUAAUGUGCAGUGUUACAAAUGCAUUUCCCAAGUCUUACUAGGUACUUUCAAAAACACUGCUGAUGACGGGCGACGGUGGUCAGAGUUUCUUGGUAGGCGAAACUUUUGCUCGGCAAUGUGCUCCAUUGUAUUCCUGACUGCCGGGAAGUGGCCCAGGACGGUGUCCAAGUCACUUU